UCAGUUCAUAGGUAACUCUCUUGUUCAAGAUUCUCUAACAACAUUCGCGAGUAAGAAAAAAAUCAAGUGAAAAGCCAAUGCGGCAUUGUUAACUUCUUAUCCGUAAAACCAGCUUAUUUCAAAAAAAUAAAUACAAAAGAAAAAGAUUUUACGUGCACAUAAAAAACAAUUGAAUUGCAAUCGAAUGGCCGCCGCAGCGGAUGCUGCAAAAUCCAACGCGUUGCUCGCUAUGAACAAAGUGAACAACACAAAAUGCCGCGCGUGCCUCUCAGUAAGUCGUCAGACCGUCAAACUGGAUGUAAAAAUACCGGGUCUGAAAAAUGCGCGGACCUACGGUCAAGGCCUACGUCAGUGCACCAAUUUACCGUUAACGGCUCGGUCUCUCGGGGGCUACAGGUGGCCCAUGCAAAUUUGCAUCCGCUGUUGCCGAGCUCUUGAGGUAACAAUGCAUUUUGUAGAACUCGCCCUGGAAUCCAAUCGUAAACUAUUCGCUGAGUCGCAGAGCCUUAAGUUGUUGCCGCCGGCACAGACGUCGUCGACGACAACGACAACAGGUGAACUAAAGCGGAAGGCUAGCAGCGAACUUUUGCAUUGGAAUCAAUUCAGUCAAGAGUUCCAGCAAUUCGUGGAGAGCUACGAUGGGGUGCCAGCUCCCAUAGAGGAGAAUGUGCUUUAUAUGCGCGGUGCAAAAAUGCCCCGCCUAGACACCGAUAUGUCGCUUAACAGUGAGCCACCCAAGGAGGAUGAUGUUAUCCUGUUCGAUGUUAAGUAUGAUAGCAAUGAUCAGGAUGAGGAGGAUGAGAACGAUGGAUCGGAUGCGAAGAACAGUGAAACAUUCUAUGACAAUAGUAUUAAUAUCAAUGAUAACAAAAGCAGCGAGAACAACAAUAAUUAUAAUUUUAAUAACAAGAAUGGUGAGUUAACCGGUCUGGCGGACGUUGAGGGCGAUCUAAUACAACGCGCGCUCUAUAUGACUCUGAACGAUGAUAAUAGCAGCGGCCAAACUAACCAGGAACUGCAAUCCAUUGAGUCCAUUAAAGCGAUACUAUUAAAAUCUACGGAGGAAUUGAGUGGCUCAAGUCCCAGCUCUAUGGACACCCAUUCAAAAGCAACGACUAGUAAGGAUGUUAAUGUGAACAUACCGUUGCUCAGCUGCAGCAUCUGCAAACACACACACACGGAGGCCAAACAGAUGCGCACGCAUUAUAUGCGAGUACACAAUUGUGAUGUGCCUGAAGAUGAUAUCAUAGGGCUGACUAAAAAUCAAAGCUUUAAAUGUCGGCCUUGUAAUAGCUAUGUGACUAAUAGCCGGACGGAUAUGCAGCAGCAUCUUAUAGAGCAUCACAAAAUUGAUGGCGAUUUUGAAAUGUAUUGCUACGUGCAACAGAAUUGUCCCGCCUGUGGACGCAUCUUCAAGGAUCAGCGGUCAGCCCGUACGCACUAUACACGCAUGCAUACGCCUCAACAGCAGCAGCAGCAACAGCAACAGCAAUUGGGUGCAGAUAUUAAUGAGCAGCAAUUUGUAUGCACCGCCUGCGAUAAGGUGUUUAAUUUGAAGAGCAGCUUGCAGGCACACCAGCGCUUUUGUCAGGUGAAACAGCCCGUGCAUUGCAACUUUUGUGAACUACAAUUUAGCAGCAUGCGCAAGUACGAACUGCAUUUGCAGCAGCAACAUGCAGUGGAUACAUUGCACGAAUGUGAAAUAUGCAUGAAGAGCUUUAAGAAUAGUGAAUCGCUGUCGGUGCAUCGCAAACGGCAUUCAGAACGGCAUUAUCAGUGUGCCAAGUGUUCGCUUAAUUACAUAAAUGCGGCCGAGCUGCGUGUGCACUAUGAACGUGCCCAUGUUCAGGAGGAGGAGGUGGUAAGCUGUCGCAUUUGUGGCAGUAAAUUUCAAAAUUUUGCCUUGCUGCGUGAGCACGAACAACGUAAUCAUCAAAAGUCGAAGAUCUGGCGUUGCGAGAAUUGCAAUUUCGAGACCAAUUCACGGGCACGUCUGCGACAACAUCAAUACGAGCAUACAGAUUAUCCAUACAAAUGCAAGCACUGCCCCGAAGAGUUUGCUGAUCGCGGCAAGAUACGUCAACAUUCCAAGAAGAUGCAUGCGGUGGAGCUGACUGAUGAGCAAUUGGCUGAAAUGUUUAGGGAACGCAUUGGCUAUACCAAUCGCCAUGAUGCAUUCAGUAAGAGCAACAAUUCAUUGGAAAUACCGGGCUUUAGUGAUGAAUGCUUCACGGAACUGAAACGCAUGGGCUUGGACUAUGAUGAUAUUACCACUGAUCUCUUUUCGAAUUCCAUUAGCGCACUGGAUAAUCUGCUGGAACUGGUGCCAUGAAGUAAAGAAGGCCACGGAUACAUUUACCUGCAUAGAAUUUUAAGUAUCAACGUUGAAUAGCUAACGAGAGCUGGAAGACUGUUUGCAUCUAUCAAUCAAUCAAUCAAUCAACCCUAUCAUCAAUCAGUAACAAUCAGCAGCCGUUAUCACAAAGCAUACUUUACACAAUUUUGCUAUAAUUUUAAAUUGUAUUUCGUUUCCCCCAACCAAACCACCAAGUUCACAUACCCUUGUAUGUAGGGUAUAUACACAAUAGUUUCUUCGUAUACAUUAUUCCUUUCUGAAGUAAUUUAAUAAACAACAA